AGUCACCUUUUUAUCUUUUCUGCUAUUUUUUUCUAGCAGCGGCCUUGCCGUGUUGGGAUGUAGGAUGUUUGAACUUUUGAACUUGCUUGUUUUGGGCUUCCACUUUUUGAAUGUUCAAACCGGGAAAGAGCACCGGGUUGAUGUAAAGUGCUACAUCCGGUCCUAUAAACUUACUCAGUGUGUCUGGAAUCUGCCCAUUUCUCCAGACAUCCGGCUUUUUUAUUGGUUAAUAAAUGAAGAUGAAAACCUCACGACCCCUUCACCGCAUUUUCAAGAGUGCUCAUCAUAUGUGUCCAUCGACACCCGGAGUACCAUGUGUGACAUGCAGAGGAACUACCGGCAGUCUAUGCCCAUCAAGCUGAAAUGGAACGAGACAGUCAUCAAAAACCCAACGAUUCCGGCUUUGAGCAUUAUGAGUCCUCCUCCCAUGAAUUGGACAUAUAUUGUUAAAGGAAAUCGUGCCAAUAUUAUGUGGACUCCUCCUGAUUUUGGUGACGAUCAGUUAUUCACUUACACAUUAAGCUACACUCACUGUGGUGAAAAGACAGAGAUUACACACUUAACCAACGUAACAUAUCAGUUGACGCUGGACUCCGCUUGCAAUUACUGCAUGGUUAUUAAACCAGUCUACCAAUACUUGGGCGGAAAAACAUACUGGAGUGACGAGAAAUGUUUUGGUGUCAACAUUACUGUUGCAGACGGGGAGUCUAAACUGAAGACAUAUGUCAUUGUUUUCAUCUCAGUGGUGUCUGCUCUCUUGGCAGCCUUGACAUUUCUGUGUUUGUGGAAGAAUAAGGACAAAAUAUUCCCAAAAAUACCAGAACCCCGGGACUACUUCACUGAUGUGUUGAACAACAAUAAGAUGACUGUUGUGGAUUGGUGUAUGCCCGUGGAGGAAGAAGAGAAUUGUAAAAUCAGUCUGGUUGCAGAUCACAAAGUGGACUCAUGAUACAUCAGUGUUGUACUUAGAGUUGCUGGCCAAAAUCAGUCCCGGAGAAUAUUUUUGUGUGUGCGUUGUGUUUCUUGUAUCUCUGAGAAGAUUUACGGUGAAGAAAAAACUGGCAACUGUGUGUAAUACUGAAAACAUGCAGGCAGUACUCGCUCCCUAUCAUUUGUUUUUUUUUUUUU